AUGUCAACCACUCGAGGUUGGAAGGAUCUGCCGACUUUUCUUCAGUGGUCAAAGCUACUGUGUUUUCUUAUUGCUCUUUCAGGCUGCCAUGGACUUAAGCCUCAACUGUAUCCAAAUGUGACUGAGUUAGAAAUAAAUGAAGGAGGAACCCUAAACAUUACGUGCACAAGCAAUAGCUUUGUUAAUUUUCAUUUCCCUACAAGUGAUGAAAGGGGGAGGACCACCUCUCAGCCUCUUAUAACACCAAAAGUCAGGAGUACCCACAAGACAUUCAUAAGAUUAUCAACCGUUUUUGGAGAUACUGGCUGGUAUGGUUGUGCUGAUGAAAGCAAACAAAUAACAAGUUUGACGUACAAAAACUACAGUGACUUAAGUAUUAGUUGGGUCUACGGACUGAGCGAAAAGAUCACUUUCGACUCCAAAACUGGUUUUGUCAUUAAAGAAGCAAAUUGGGGUUCGAGAUUGAAUCUUUCAUGCACAGCUGAAAUAAGGAGAGAAUCCUUUUACACUAUCUCCUGGGAGAUUCCACACAACAUGACUUCUAGAAAAGUUUCAAAUACCGUUCGAGUAGAAGAAAAAGGAAUUCAUAAUUUAGUCGAUCUCGUAACGUCUGAGCUUAUUAUUGAAAAUGUUGCUCUCGAUGAUAAAGGUUACUACGCUUGUAAAAUAAGAUCUUCGUUUUAUGAAGAUAAGAGUCUUGAUACUCACGUUUGCGUGUUUGAGGAUGGUAAAUCAGUGACUUUUUUGGCUUUUGUUGAUGCAUGUCCAAUACCAACUUUGGAGUGGACUCACCCUCAAGGUUAUAUAAUUCGCCCCUACGAUUCGGACGUAAGAAUGUCCGAUUACGGAACGAUGAGCCAAUUGACUCUAUUAAACAUCGAUAAAUAUGCCACGGGAACUUUUACGCUUAGAGCUAAACAUGAUAAAAUAGUAAAGGAGUUGAAAUUUUAUCUUGAAGUUUAUGGUAAGCCAACGGUGAGGUUUGACAAAACUUACCUUCAAUCUUACUACAGUUUUAAUAAAACUGCCAAAUUUGUUUGCCUUGCCAAUCGUUAUCCUAAGUCAAAUAUAUCUUGGAUCGGAAUAGAAACAGAUGUGCAAAAUAGCAAUUUCAAACAAAAGUCAACGGUAGAACUGAAACAGCUAGUAACAUCCGGUGUAAUAGAAUGCAAGGCUUGCAAUAGCUAUGGAUGUGCAACUGCGUCAAAAAAAAUUCGCUUAACUGAUGGGGUAGCUAAUGCAUCUUUUGGAAUCAUACAACCAAAUAGAAGUUUUCAGAAAGGUGACAAUAUUUCUUUAACAUGUGCUGCUGUAAUUAAGAAAUUUUCCGAGGUCCUGUGGUAUGACGAUAAUGAACACGUGGUCAUAAGUUCCGAAAGAAUACACGUUACAUCGAAGGUAACUGAAUUUACUUACCAAGCCAUUCUCACGAUCAAUAACGUGAGUGAAUCAGAUAGAAGGAAGUACUAUUGCAAAGGGACGAAAAGAUACUACGGAUUUGUUGGUUAUCCUUCGCCCAAAAUACUUACAGAAUCAUUCUUCCUUAACAUCAAUAAUCCACCUUCUUUUACCCUUGUAAAUUUGAACGCAACAGAGAGAACAGUGAUGGCAAGGGAUUUUGAGAAUCCCCUGACUUUGUUAUGCCAUGUUGGAGGGAUUCCCACCCCUAAUAUUACGUGGUCGAAAAACAAUGAACCUCUGAAGAGUUCAUCACAGUAUACUUUCGAAGACAGCAAUCAAAAAUUAAUUAUAAGAUAUUUUUUUGAAAAAGAUGCUGGUAAUUAUUCAUGCCAUGCUAAGAACGAUUACGGAACAGUGCAACAAUCACAAAUUAUUACAUUUAGAGAAAAACUCUUAUUAGAAUCUAGUCUUACCCAGUUUACGGAAGGGAAACUUGAUUUAAUGAAUCCAGAACUUACAGUAGAUGAGCAGGCAGAACUCCUUCCGUACGAUAUAAGGUGGGAGUUUCCCAGAGAAAAAAUAAAAUUAGAUAAGAAAUUAGGAAGUGGAGCUUUUGGAGUCGUGUAUAAGGCCGUAGCUUACGAAAUGUUUGGUAAAAACUCUAAGACAACUGUAGUUGUAAAAACAGUUCGCAAAAAUGCAGAUCCAAUGUAUAUUACUGCACUAGCCAGGGAACUUAAAAUUAUGAUUUAUUUGGGACAACACUUAAAUAUUACAAGUAUUUUGGGAGCUUGUACAAAAACUAUAGCCAAACGUGAACUUUUGGUGAUUGUUGAGCUUUGCAAAUUUGGAAAUCUGCAAAAUUAUCUCUUGGAUCAUCGACAAACUUUUAUUAAUCAAAUUAAAUCAGAUAAAGGUGAAAUCGGCCCUUGUAUCAGAAAAACAUCAAAUAGUACGGUUUCAUGCAGCAGUAGUCCAAGCAAUGAGACCAGCAUUUACUGCUCAGAGGAUCGGACAUUCGUUGGCUCAAUGGAAUUUAGUGAUGAUUUUGAUGACGAUGAUUCCCAGCCAGGUUGGCGUUCUAAUUACAAAGGUGACUACGCGAAUGAGGAUGCUCCGUUUCUUUGCACUGAGGAUCUUUUUUUAUGGGCUUAUCAAGUAGCAAAUGGUAUGGAGUACCUUUCCCAAAAAAAGGUUCUACAUUGUGAUUUAGCCACGAGGAAUAUAUUAUUGGCAGAAAAUAACAUUAUUAAGAUAUGCGAUUUUGGUCUGGCAAAGACAUUGUACAAAGACGAAAACUAUAAGAAACAAAGCGGUAGCAAAUUGCCUGUAAAGUGGAUGGCCAUUGAGUCCAUUAGGGAUGGAGUCUUUUCAACUAUGUCAGACGUGUGGUCAUUUGGUGUAGUUCUAUGGGAACUUUUCACCCUUGCAGAAAUACCUUAUGCAGGUGUAGGGUUCGAAGUAAUGUAUCAGAAAUUAGUCAGGGGAUACAGAUUGGCUAAGCCUACUUUAGCCACUGAUGACAUUUACAAUACUAUGCUCGAUUGCUGGGAAGAAGAGCCGACAUUAAGGCCAUCUUUUACAAUGCUGGUUGAAAGUUUUAAAAAUCUUUUACAAGAUGACAUCAAAAUACGCUUUCUAAAACUCUAUCAUACGUAUGAAAAUUGGAAUGGAGAACGACAGUUAGAAAAAAAAGAAGAAAAUCAAACUUUAUCAUUAUCAGACGAUAUAAUAAUUCGACCGAGCCAGCACAACUACGAAAAUAUUUUCGAGGAGGAACAGCAUGGUGUUUUAUCCACUUUUAAAAUCAAGUGCUUAAAAUGUUGUGCUAUAACAAAUGUCAAAUCUGUCAAAGAACACCAAGUCCCAGCAGAGCUGAUUCCACCCCGACAAUCAAAGGAAGUUGUGAAUCAAAGUGUCACCAACGAGAUGUUGGUUCUUGGUAGCGUAGAGGCAACAAUUGGCUGCAGAGAGUUGAUUCGGCUUUUCGCAUAUUUAAAUAUACCGUCAAUCGACCACAAGUUGUACGCAAGAUAUUUGACUUCUGUUGGAGCUGCAAUAACAAAAGUUGCCGAAGAAAGUUGUGCUGAAGCAAGACAAGAAGAACGCCGGUUGGUUAUUAAAAAUAUGAAAGACCUUCGUAUGGAAUUUCCAGAAAAAGUAACAGAGGAAAUAUAUCCAAAGGUGAUGGCUGCCAUUGAAGGAAAAAAAAAGAAAUUACCGGAUUUGAUGCUCACUUCCUUGACGUAA